AUGUUCCCAGUUUUACCUGUUACUUCGGUUUCUGGACUGAUUGAGACCGCUGAUGUCGUUUCUGGCUCAGUGGGUCGGGUUCUCGUGAGUCUGUCAGGAGAUCAGAUCAAGGAUACACUUCCAAUUGUUCGGUCGGUAUCGGAGAAAUUCGUCGACAUUUCUGUUUUAUUGACAGGAGAUGCUUCUACAGACGAGCUUAUUAGUUUAUUGGAUGCUGGUGUCGAAUAUUUGGUGGUUUCUGAACCAGUUGUAGCUGAUCUGAUCGAAUCAGGUGUACCUGGUUCAAGACUGGUAAUUAAUAUCAGUGAAAAGGCUGGUGAAUUUUUAGAAUCAAUUGCUAGUGACUCGUCUCAACUGGAUUCUAAUUUGAAUAUUGGAUUCUAUAUUGGUUCUUUUGGUAUUUCUAAACACCAAUCACUUGUCGCAGCUGGUCAGGCUAUUGCAAAGACUGUUCUUGCUACAACUGGAGGAGCUAGAUUCCUGCUUGUAUCGGACCCAUCUUUUGUUUCUUCAUCAAAUGCAAUUGCCCCUGCUAUCCCAGUCGUCGAGGCUCAUUACUUAUCUACAGAAACCACUGGCAAUGGUACUUUAUCUAUUGCUAGUUUCAUCACCAACCGUCUGGUCAGUGACCGUGUCGAUGGUCUAUAUACGACUUUGGUAGUUGAUGCUUAUGACAACAGUCUUGGACUGGUAUACUCUUCAGAAGAAAGUAUCAGUGAAGCAGUUCGCACUGGCAAGGGUGUGUAUCAAUCUCGCAAGAGGGGAUUAUGGUACAAAGGACAAACUUCAGGUGCUGAACAGACUCUUUUACGAAUCGAUGUCGAUUGUGAUGGCGACUGUGUUAAGUUUGUAGUUGACCAAACGGCUCCUGGAUUCUGUCAUAACAACACUUCGACGUGUUUUGGUCAGUAUUCGGGCAUCAGUGCUCUCGAACAAACACUCAUUUCCCGCAAAAAGAAUGCUCCUGAGGGCUCAUACACAGCUAGACUUUUCAACGACUCUAAACUGCUAACAGCCAAAAUCAUGGAAGAAGCAGAAGAGUUGUGUGAUGCCAAGACUGCUAACGAGAUUUCCUGGGAGGCUGCUGAUUUGAUUUAUUUCGCCAUGACCAAACUGGUACAAGAGGGUGUGUCGUGGAACUCUGUACAACGCAAUCUAGAUCUCAAGUCGAGAAAAAUCUCCCGUAGAAAGGGUGAUGCUAAACGCAAAUGGCAAGCCAAGCUCGAGGAAAAAGAGCAAGACGCCAACAAGAGUCGUGACGAUGCUAGACAGGACAAAAAGCCCAAAAACGCCGACCAAACCAGUAGUACUGUUACUACUAACGGCACAGAACAACCACAGAUCAAAAUGAAUGUUGUAACUGUGACUCCCGAGACUUCUGAGACCGAAAUCGCUAAAGUUCUAACUCGUCCUUUGCAAAAGUCGGCUGAUAUCAUGAAACUGGUGACUCCUAUCAUCAACAAUGUUCGUGAUAACGGAGACAAGGCAUUGAUCGAGCUGACCGAGAAGUUUGAUCGCGUCAAACUGCAGUCUCCAGUGUUGUACGCACCAUUCCCCGAGAAUUUGAUGCAGAUUUCCGAAGAAGUGAAAGCAGCUAUUGACCUGUCCAUCUCCAAUAUCGAGAAGUUCCAUGCUGCUCAGAUUAAUAAAGACGAGGUUCUUCACGUCGAAACAGCACCAGGAGUCAUCUGUUCACGAUUCUCACGAGCCAUUGAGUCGGUGGGUCUGUAUGUUCCUGGAGGAACCGCUGUACUUCCAUCGACUGCAAUGAUGCUUGGUAUCCCAGCCAAAGUAGCUGGAUGUAAGAACAUCAUUCUUGCAUCACCACCACGAUCCGACGGUACUUUGACACCCGAGGUUGUAUAUGUGGCACAUAAAGUAGGAGCCAAGGCCAUUUUGCUGGCUGGAGGAGCUCAAGCCGUUGCUGCUCUGGCAUAUGGAACCGAGUCAGUUCCCAAAGUCGACAAAAUCAUGGGUCCUGGUAACCAAUUUGUCACCGCAGCCAAGAUGUUUGUACAGAAUGAUACCAGUGCUCAAGUGAGUAUUGACAUGCCAGCAGGACCUUCUGAAGUUCUUGUCAUUGCCGAUGGAACCAGUAACCCGGCAUUCGUGGCAUCGGAUCUGUUAUCACAAGCUGAGCACGGAGUGGAUUCACAAGUGAUUUUGAUUGCUAUUUCUAUGACCGACGACCAACUGGCUGCUGUCGAGACCGAGGUUCACGAACAAGCGAUGCGACUUCCACGAGUCGAUAUUGUCCGCGGUUCAAUUGCUCAUUCGACGACCAUCCGAGUCGAUUCUAUUGAACGAGCCAUGCAAUUGAGUAACCAGUACGGACCCGAGCACUUGAUUCUUCAAGUGCACGAAGCCAGCCGACUGCUGCCACUGGUCGAGCACGCUGGCAGCGUUUUUGUUGGAGCCUGGAGUCCCGAGUCGUGCGGAGACUACUCCAGCGGUACCAACCACACCCUUCCCACCUACGGAUACGCCAAAAUGUACUCCGGUGUCAACACCGACACGUUCAUGAAGCACAUCACCAGCCAAGAGCUCACCGAACAGGGUCUCAAAAACAUAGGCCCUGCCGUCAUGGCCCUCGCGGCCACCGAAGGACUCGACGGUCACCGUAACGCCGUCAAAGUCCGUCUCGAGUCUCUCGGAGCUCUGUAA